CUUACAUUGCCCACUGACCGAGGUGGCCCUCCCCACGCUGCAUCAUGAAUGGCAGUGGGAGAGCGGAAAGGAAAGUGGCGUCCUUAUCUAGUGGCUUCUAUCAUGAUGCAACUGGUCCCCAUGGAUGGCAAGUGACUCUCUCUUGGUAGUGACUUGUACGCCUUUGAUAAGUUCUCUUCAUAAGCAACUGACUCCUCGAAAGUGUAAUCAUAUUUCUUCAAACCCCAACGCACUCAAGAACUCCUACCAAAAGUACAUUACUUGAUAACUUCAUUUCUAAGCCCAACACUUAUAACAUCACCCACUACCAAUAACACAACCACAUCAUGCGGCUCAUCAUCCGUGACGACGAGACUGAGGCAUGCAAGUAUGUCGCCAAUUACGUCGUGGAGCGCAUCAAUGCCUUCCAACCCACACCCGAGCAUCCCUUUAUCCUCGGCCUCCCUACAGGCUCUAGCCCGAUCGGAGUGUAUGAUAUGCUAGUACGCAAGUACAAGGCUGGCGAAGUCUCGUUCGAGAAUGUAGUCACCUUCAACAUGGACGAGUACGUCGGUCUUCCUCGAGACGACCCAAACUCCUACCACUCCUUUAUGUGGAAGCACUUCUUCUCUCAUGUCAACAUUCAUCCUUCCAACGUCCACAUACUUAAUGGCAAUGCUGCCAGCCCGGAAGCCGAAUGUGAUGCAUACGAGGAAGCUAUCAAGGCAGCUGGUGGUAUUGAUCUCUUCUUGGCCGGUAUUGGUGAAGACGGGCACAUCGCUUUCAACGAACCCGGAUCUAGCCUUGCCAGUCGUACCCGAGUCAAGACAUUAGCAUACGACACCAUUCUUUCCAACUCGCGCUUCUUUGACAACGAUGUAAGCCGGGUGCCAAGAAUGGCUUUGACUGUGGGCGUCCAAACUGUCCUUGAAGCAAGAGAGGUUGUUGUCAUUAUCCUGGGAGCCCGCAAGGCGCUUGCAUUGCAGAAAUGCGUCGAACAAGGCGUCAACCACAUGUGGUCGCUAUCAUGCCUUCAGCUCCACCCUCAUCCCAUGAUUGUCGUCGACGAGGACGCCACAUUGGAACUUCAGGUCAAGACAGUGAAGUACUUCAAGAGCAUCGAGAAAGUUGCUCGCGAGCAGGGAUUCGAGCAGAUUCUUCCCUCCAAAGUACGAACUGGCAAUGUUGCUAUCCCUGAAACCAGGAUUCGGAGAGCUCAGAGUCCUGCGAUUAUCGCUCCGGAGCCGAUUGCUUCACACCUCUUGCGAGCGACACCUGCGGGUGACUACUCUAUGAGAACCCCUUCGCCCGAUUUGUUCCCCGACCGAAUGGCAUCGCGUAUUCCGGAACCGAACCUGAACCGCAGACUUACGCCCAACCUCGAAGUUCAGACCGACGUCCCAAAGACGAAAGUUGAGAUGAUCGAUAGCGCCGUCGCCAUGUCUCCAGACGCUCCUGUCGCGAAUUUGCUUCAACCGAUGACCGCAAACAUUAAGACAAUGCGAUCACCGUCGCCAGACCUAGUUCCCGACCGUAUGGCCUCUCGCAUUCCUGAGCCAGAUCUAAACCGCAGGUUGACUCCUAACCCCGAACUUCAGAAGAAAAUGAACACCGUCGGGGCGCACUAAACGUGAUAGGUGGAUAUAUUGGGAUAGGAGGAGUAGAAAAGAAAUGGAGAUCAGGAAGGUCUUGUUCAGUCGCUACAGGGUUGGCUCAGGAACAAAAUUAUCAGACUGUAUCAGUAUGACUACAACAAUAGCAUCUUUAGCCCCGUAUUCGAUUAAGGCGUUUAAAUCAGGUUAGAGAUAGAACACAAAUACCACUGGUGGCUUUUAGAUAGGUUGUGUGUUGGAGUUUAUGGGUAUUGCGUGUAUCGUCUUUUGGCGUGGAAGCGUUUGGGGGAAAAGGGUCAUUUCUUGAAAAUCGAUUGUCAUCUAGGACGACUGGAAGAUACACAGGUGUUCAAUACAACCCAUUGCCCCUGUAA